AUGGCAGAUGAGGUCGAGAACUCCGGACAGACGACCGACGAACAGUCGCUAUCGGAACCCAACAUCUACGUCUCACUCACGUCCAACCCACUCGACUCCACCACCGCAUUGUCUCGAGUAAAGAGCUCCAAAGCCGGAGCCGUAGUCCUCUUCGCAGGUUGCACGCGCGACAACUUCAACUCCAAGACCGUCACCCACCUCUCCUACUCCGCCUACGCCCCUCUCGCCCUGCGCACUCUCCUGUCCAUCGCCCGCUCUGUACAUUCCUCGCAUUCCCUCGUCAGCAUCUCAGUCACUCACAGGCUUGGGAGGGUGGACAUCGGGGAAGAGAGCAUACUGAUUGCCGUGUCGGCGCCUCAUCGCGCUGCGGCGUGGAGGGCGGGGGAGGAGUGUUUGGAGCGGGUCAAAGAGAAGGCGGAGAUUUGGAAGGAGGAGUGGUUUGAGGAUGGUGGGAUGUGGAGGAGUAAUCGCGAUGGACAGGCGGGCGUGCCGGUGGUGAAAGAAGGGCAGGACAGCGGCGAGCAUGCGCAUGUAGACGGGCAGCAACAAGCCCCGGGGCGUGAGAAUGCCUGA